UGCCAUCCCACGCCCAUCUGUUCCCCGCCUCCUCCUCCAACCCCCAUCGCACCAGUCCAUGCCCCAUCGCUUCCUGCAUUCCACACUCAGCCGCGCACGAGUGGAUGCCAUAAUAAGAACCAGCACCGGAGCCUACAGUCGGCUUGCACGCCUCGCCAUCUGCCCUCUGCGCGAUCGCGCUGCGCCUUAUCCCGCACCGCCCGUAGGUCGCGCUUCUUCGUGCGACUGCUGCUCCGUGCACCGCACUCGCUUGUCCUCGUCUCUCCCGCGUGCCGCCGUUCCGCGUGUCUCCCGCGCACCCUCACCGCGUCAUUCCGCGCAUGUCCGCGCAACCGGCCGGCAACAUGAGCACCAAGCGCCCCCGCACAGACGCGAGCGCGGGCGGCGACUGGACGUGCCCGGCGUGCGGCAACGUCAACUUCUCCUUCCGCGCCUCCUGCAACAUGCGCAAGUGCGGCGCCCCCAAACCCGCGCCCGGCCCCUCGCUGCUGCAGCCGCUGCCGCAAUACGCGCCCGCGCCCUCGGCGGGCACAGCGGGCGCCAUGGCGGUGGAUGCGAGCGCGCCGAUGGCGCCCAUGCACGUGAUGCAGCCGUUGCAAUCGAUGCAAUCGAUGCAAUCGAUGCACGGCAUGGCGCCGCUCCCCCAGCCCUACAUGCCCGCCAUGCCCCCCGCGCACUUCGCCUCCUAUCCCCCCAUGGCCUCCCCCUCGCCGCUGUACGGGGGUGGACCCGCGUCCAUGCCUCCGCCCUACGACCCCUCGGCGCAUCUCCCUCCGCCCUACAUGCCGCCCGCCAUGCCGUACAUGCCCAUGGCGCCAGUGCACUCCUUCCCCCCCUUCGCCAUGGACCCCUACCGCCCGCUGCCGCCUGCGGGCAUGCAGCGGUACGACGGCGGGGGGGGGGACGGGCGCAAGCGCAGGGGCGGGCCGGAGGGCGGUGGGGAGGGGGACUGGGUGUGCGGCAAGUGCGGCAACACCAACUUCGCCUUCCGCACGCACUGCAACAUGCGCAAGUGCAAUGAACCCAAACCCGCUGCCGCGCCGCUGCCCCCGCCCCUCUAUCUCCAUCCAGUGGCGCCCACUCCUCUGCCUCCUCGCGUGCAGCCAGCGGCCCCCGAGGGCAGCUGGGCGUGCAGCGAGUGCGGCAACGUGAACUACCCCUUCCGCUCGCACUGCAACCGCCGCCACUGUGGCCACCCCAGACCCACCGACGCCACUGCUGCGCCUGGGGGGGGCGGAGGGGGUGCGGCCCCGGCUGCUGCUUCUGCGCCAGCCAAACUCGAGUAGCGUCUGCCACAGCAGGCCAGGUCACGACUCACGCUGCUGGUCACGGUCACUCGCUGCUGUCUCGCGCUCACCCACCGCAAGUCUUGCUUUGCUCUCACCCGUGUCUCGAGGUGUCGGGGCAAGGGAGGGUGGGAGAAAUAGCUUCUUGUCGUGUGCUCCCGCCUAGUGUAGUGUCGCUGCCAUCGCUGCCAUGGUGACCACUCGUGUUUCCAGGUGGAGUCUGUCCCGUCCUUGGCUUCUCGUUCGUGAGCGCCCUGGGAACAUUUCAUGGCACACUGAUGUCACUCAUGCCGGCAUGGUCACGGUCACAGAUGUGAAUGGAUGGUGCAUGGUAGUGAGCAGAGCAAGUGUAUGGAACGUACCAUCGCCUCUUUGCUUGCUCAAUAUUACAUCGCUCGGGGUAUACAAAUCUCUUUUACCGUAAUCCCCUGUAUAUAACACCCUAUGGUGGAUGUAAUAAUUCAUUAAAAAAAUG